AAAUCCUGAUUUAGCGACGAAGAAACCAAAUUUUCUGUGUUUGUCAUCUUCUGAGCCUUUCCCUUCGUAAUAUUGAAGAAAGGGAGAGAGUUUAAUACUGUAAUUUCGAUUAUAUUUUCAUAGAUUGUGUCCAGUGGGGAGCAGGGAGAGAUGGGGUUCCAGGAAAAUGGGAAAAAGCACAAGAGGAUAAAUUCUAAUGGAGCAGAGGAGGAGAUUGUAUUCAGGAAUGACAACCAGCAUAAGAAGCUUGAAGAGGUUGUGAUUCAGAGUGUUAAUAUCGUCGAUACGAGGAAAUAUGUAAUUGCAUGUGCCAUCUUUGCGUCUCUCAAUUCUGUCCUCCUUGGAUACGAUGUGGGUGUCAUGAGUGGAGCAAUUAUAUUCAUUCGAGAGGAUAUGAAGAUAUCAGAGGUACAAGAAGAGAUUCUGGUUGGAAUUUUAAGCAUAAUAUCUCUUUUAGGGAGUUUAGCUGCAGGAAAAAUAUCGGAUACCGCAGGUAGAAAAUGGACAAUAGCCCUUGCAGCCAUUAUUUUUCAGUCAGGUGGAGCUAUAAUGGCUCUUGCACCUUCUUUUAGAGUGUUGAUGCUAGGCAGACUUUUGGCUGGGGUGGGGAUAGGCUUUGGGGUCAUGAUAGCACCUGUAUAUAUUGCUGAGAUAUCCCCCUCCAUUGCUAGAGGAUCACUUACAUCCUUCCCUGAGAUCUUUGUGAAUCUAGGAAUCCUUCUUGGAUACAUCUCGAACUAUGCUUUUGCAGGGUUGCCAGUGCAUAUAAGUUGGAGGAUCAUGCUUGGUGUGGGACUCCUUCCCUCGGUCUUUAUUGUAUUUGCGCUAUUGGUGAUCCCUGAAUCCCCAAGGUGGCUGGUCAUGCAGAAUAGGCUUGAGGAAGCAAGAUGUGUGCUUUUAAAGACAAAUGACACCGAAAGAGAAGCAGCAGAAAGAUUAGCAGAAAUACAAGUAGCUGCUGGGAGUGCUAAUGCAGAGAAGUAUGAAGCAAAGGCUGUGUGGCCUGAAAUAUUUAAUCCUACACCUGCGGUUAGAUGGAUGCUUAUUACCGGUUGUGGAAUCCAGUGCUUCCAACAGAUCACGGGCAUUGAUGCUACAGUUUAUUACAGUCCAACAAUCUUCAGAGAGGCUGGGAUAGAGGGCAACACUCAGCUUCUUGCUGCAACUGUUGGGGUUGGAUUUACCAAAACUACGUCCAUCUUGAUUGCAAUAUUUCUUAUUGACAAGGUGGGUAGAAAGCCUUUGCUUUACACAAGCACAAUUGGAAUGACUUUCAGCUUAUUGUCUUUGAGCCUGACUCUAACUUUUCUUGGAGAUGGACCACUUGGGAUUGUAUUGGCAUUAUUAUCAGUUUGUGCAAAUGUAGCUUUCUUCUCUGUUGGAAUUGGCCCUAUUUGCUGGGUUUUGUCAUCUGAAAUCUUCCCUCUAAGGCUGAGAGCUCAAGCAUCCGCUUUGGGGGCAGUGGGGAAUAGGGUCAGUAGUGGCCUCGUUACUAUGUCCUUCCUGACUGUGUCUCGUCUAAUUACAGUUGGAGGAACCUUCUUUGUCUUCUCCCUGUUUUCAGCUAUUUCCGUUGUUUUUAUAUACGCAUGCGUCCCAGAAACGAAAGGGAAAUCUUUGGAGGAAAUUGAAAUGAUAUUUCAGAGUGGGCGAGAAUCACAAGGUGAGGUUGAACUGGGAGAUGCAGCGCGCCUGGUACAAAGGCAAUGAUUUUUCGGUUUGGUAAACUACAAGCUUUCAGAAUAUCCGCUGGAAAACGUGUAGAACUAGUUUAGUAACCAGGUUUAUUCAAUUUUGUUGUGAAUCAUGCGCAGUUGCAGUUGUGGAUAACACUUAUACAACCAACAGAUCAGAAUGAAUAAAAGCAUGCUUUUCUU